AUGGCAAAAAGACAAAACACUAUGAUGAAUAAUUUCUUUAUAAAAAAGCCUAAAUUAAAUUUAUUGGAAAAUGAAGUUGAAGACACACCACAUACAUCAAGUUUACGUCCAGAGUUGAACAAUGAAACAUCUACCUCAAACGUUAAUAUUUAUGAUAUUGGGAAAUAUUUGAAUUCAACUGUAAGCGAACAAGGAGCAAUGUGCACGUUUUGUGUUUUAUUUGCCAGGGAUUUCGGAGGAAAGGGAAAUCAUCAACAAUUGGGAAUCUUAGUUAAUAAGCCAUUUAAUAAUUGGAAAAAAGCUAUUGAAACUUUAUCCCAUCAUAGCACAACACAAUUUCAUAAAAAUAGUGUAAUAUUUGAGUUAGCACUUCGAGGGCGAAAUGAUUCGGGUCCUCUUGAUUUAAAUAUUGUUGAACCUGAUCAUAAUGAUGGUAAUUUUAGAGCACUGUUGCGUAUGCGAAUUUCAUGCGGAGACAAACAAUUAAUUAAUCAUAUUGAAAAUCAGUCUUUAAACGCUAUGUACAUAAGUCCUACGAAGUCGUUUUCGGUUCUCGUUGACGAAACUACCGACAUAUCACGCAUAGAGCAAUUGACUCUUUGUAUUAGAUAUAAUAUAGAUUCAGUAGAGACAACUGAUACUAUUAAUUAUGUUUUACGUGAAGACUUUUUACAAUUUGUACCGGUUCACAGUACAACUGGUCAAAACCUAGCCUCUGUAAUAAUAAAUUCAUUACAAGCACUUGGAAUUAACGAUAAAUAUAUGGUCGGUCAGGGUUAUGAUGGCGCUGCGUCCAUGAGUGGAAAUCUUAAAGGCGUCCAAACUAUUAUAAGGGAAAGUCAUCCAGCAGCACUUUACGUGCAUUGUAGUGCGCACUCUUUAAAUUUAGCGCUAGCUCAUUCGUGCAAUGUUCAAUACGUCAGAAAUUGUAUUGGUACAAUAAAAUCUAUUGGAAAUUUCAUUAAAAGUUCGGCUAUGCGGACAAAUAUAUUAAAAACUAAUAUAAAAAACAUUUUACCUAAUACCAAGUGGACUAAACUGACAUCAAUGUGUGACACUCGUUGGGUUGAAAACCACAACGGAAUUCAAAGAUUUGUUGAAAUUUUCCAACCCAUUGUUGAAACUUUGGAAGAAUUACAAUUAGUUCAAGACAUCAAUACGUCAUCAAAAUCAAUUCAAUUUUAUCGAGCAAUAGUUACUAGUGAAUUUAUAUUAAGUAUGGUUACAUCAAAUACUCUGUUUUCAAUGACACUUCCACUGUGUAAAAAUUUACAAUCAGUUAGUUGUGACUUAGUAGAAGCUGUACAACAUAUCGAGACAAUACUAAACGAAUUAAUUCAUUUACCUAUUGCAAUACCAUUUUUUGAUGAUUUCAUAAGACAAUUAAAAGAACGCUUCACUAACCAUAAAAAAAUAUCUUCGCUGUGCUUUUUACUUCCCAAUAAAUGUACUAAUUCUGAAUUAGAAGCAAGUGAUUUCGAAUUAUACUCAGAGUUUUUAGAUUUGGAUGCACUUUCGAACGAGUUAAAACUUUGGAAAAGAAAAUGGUGUGAUAAACCAAUAUUAGAACGAUCUCCUGAAAUACUUGAAGCAUAUUCAAAUUUAACUACGGCGACACCGGAAAGAACUUUUUCGACGCUGAAAAGAAUAAAAAAUUACCUAAGGAAUGCAACUGGAGAAGACCGAUUGACUGGCCUAGCAUUACUCAGUGUACAUAGGAAUAUCGUUGUAGAUCCAGAAGAAGUAAUCAAUCGUUUUUCAAAUGAAAAACAAAGAAAUUUAGAGUUUGUCAUAUAA